AUGCACAAAAAUACUAUAUGGUAUAAAUCCCUGCUAAAUGCAGAAAAGACUUGUUUGAAAGAAGACAAAAUAAAAAAGAUUCAUUAUAAGUUUGACGAUGGUAAAGAAAUGGUCGAAGAGUACAAUGUAGAUACUCAUGUGUUAUUGCGAAGGGCCUGGAAAAUGAAAGGAAAGUUGGGAGGAGAAGGAAAAUGGGCAGUUGAAGUAGGUGAUCCUAUACCAGAUGCUACCCCUAUAGUCGAUGGCUUAGAUAUAACUGAGAGUAAAGAUCAGCCAACUUUAUUAAAACGUAACACUCGUGUUAACAUUGAGUGGAGAAUAAGAAACUUGCCAUAUCCCAUUGAAACAUACUCUAUAAAAGCCAACAAUGAAGAUAAGUGCAUUAUUAUAAGUACAUCAAAUAAAAAGUACUACAAGAAACUUGAAGUACCAGAGUUGUAUCGGCUUGGCCUACCAAUUGAACAAGGAAAUAUUGACGCCACUCACAAAUACAAUACCCUCAUUAUAACAUAUAAAAAACCACAGCCUCUUCUGGAUAUGGAUAGAGAUUUGUAUGAAGAAAUAAGUAAAAUAAAACCAAUGACGGAUAUUCCAAAUGAGUGUAAAACACAGUAG